UUAGGAAGGCUUUCCUUUUCAAUUUCCCUGAGAUUCCAAAGUGGGAGAAACAUUCUGCUUGGGAUUAGGGAACUUCUGGAGCCAAGUGGGACAUUCUGAAGAUGAGGAGGCUUUCUACACAGAAAUGGUCUUUGCCCAUAAGGAAAAUCUUAAUGGACAAGGGUAGCCAGCAAGGAUCACACAUUUAUCAAGUGUGAGAUGAAGAAGGUAACCAUAUUUUCGCAGAACUUAUCUGGGGGUGGGAUACAUAAAGAAGAGAGAACCAAGGAUGCUUCUGUUAUUUCCAAGAGCUAUCAUCCAUUAGUAUUCUGGGUCAGCCAUGUAUCUAAUUCUACUUCGUUCUUUGAAAUGAAUGCUGUAUGCUUCUGAAUUGUUAAUGAAGACACCAGAUCUAAGGAGGAGGCAGCCAGAAACAGGUGUGAAGUAGCAGGACACACUAGUUUCUAUCUGAGCUACUAGUAUCCUGCCAAGCCACCAAAGCAGCUGCGUGCAGUGGCACAAUGGCCACUGGAACUUAAUUGCUUAGAGCUCGACGUAGAAACUGAAGAGGGAACUGCAAAGCUUAAAGGUUCACUUGCUGGGACCCUCUUGCAUCUGGAGAAACUGAGACCACAGAAGCUGAACUGGCUGGUGCAACAAUGACUCAGGGAUUCUGGAAAGUCUACAAGGCAAAAGUACUGCAAGCCCUUGGUGGAGAAUUUCAGGAAGAAGAUCUCCAAAAUGAGACAGAGAAUCCUGAACUGGUGGAAACUACAGACUCCAUACUGCUGACAGAGGAGGGACUGAACCCUGUUUCUCAGUUGGCUCGGCGGGUCCAGGGAGCUGGGGUCAAAGGCUGGAGGACCAUGUCAUCUUUGUUCAGUCAGGAGGACGAAGAUCAGUUGCUGGCUCCUGAACCUUGUGCUGACCACCCUCUAGCUGCAAAACCAGCAGAAGAAUCACCUUCCGAGAAGAAGACCUCUGGCCUUUGGGAUGUCUUUGCCACUAAGUGGCAGCAAACUUCAGCUCUGGAAAAAAUGGCUGCCCAGGUGGACCCCAGGGAGCAAAUAGUUGAGGGCAGUGGGGUGUCUGGGGAGAUUCCAGCUGAGGAAGUCAGUGACCUUGGCCAUGACAAUGAUCUCCGAGAGGCUGAAGGUGUAGCCUUCAAAUGGAGCUUCCUAACCAAAUUGGCUGAGUUGAAGAACAAGAAUAUUCCCAAAAGUAACUAGGACAGACACAGAAAUGGAGGACUUU